CAUCUGUCUGUCCUCCGUCUGACCACUAACAUGUGACGAGCCAUACCAAUCAAGUAAAGAAUUCCUUUGAUCACUGCCAUAGGACCAUAAAUCGACACAAAAAAGAAGGGAUUUUUUUUUUAAUAAUAAUAAUAAUAAUAAUAAAAAGCAUGUCUGGGGAUACAGAAAGCUCCAAACCCAACUCCGGCGGCUGUGGCGGCGGCACCACCAACAACCCCGUGAAGGACGAAGCCGUUGAUGCAAGUCCCUUUCAAGAAGGUGAGCAGGUCCUUGCUUUUCAUGGUCCUUGCCUGUACGACGCCAAGGUACAAAAGGUUGAGUUUCAUAUGGAGGAAUGGAGGUAUUAUGUCCAUUAUCCUGGAUGGAACAAACAUUGGGAUGAAUGGUUGGGUGUUGAUUGCCUGUUAAAGCGUACUGAGGAGAAUGUUUGUAAGCAAAAGGAGCUUAAGGAGAAGCAUGCUGUGGACAAGAAUGCGAAGCUUGGUCGUUUAUCUCAAGAUAAAACUAAAAAUUCUAUUGGGGUGAGAGGCAAGAAGCGGAAGCAUGAAAUCAUCAAAAAGGAGGUAUGUGUUCCAUUGGAAAAGCUUGUAAACAUCCAAAUUCCGUCUACCUUGAAGAAACAACUUGUUGAUGACCACGAAUGUAUAAAUCAGCUGGGCCAGUCAGUCAAACUUCCGCGUUCUCCUAGUGUUUAUGAGAUACUAAACAAGUACUUUGAUUACAGGGUGAAGAAAGAUGGCAUGAUAGUUGAGACAGUUGUAGAUAUUGUCAACGGGCUGCGCUGUUACUUUGACAAAGCGUUACCAGCAAUGCUCCUUUACAAACAUGAACGUCAGCAAUAUGAAGAAGUGAUUGCUGAUAAUGUCUCUCCUUCGGGUGUAUAUGGAGCUGAGCAUCUACUAAGACUCUUUGUGAAAUUGCCGGAGAUGCUCUCCUCUAUUCCGAUUGAAAUGGAGACGCUAACGGAGCUCCAGCAGCGAUUGCACGACUUCCUCAGUUUGAUCUUAUAGAAGCUCGCGCAUAACGACUUCCGUUAACCACUACAGUUGAGUCUUAGGAUUUUCACUGAAGCAGACCUGUCCUAUUUCUAGAAGGUCAUAGAAGUAAAAAGGGCCAGGACAAGUGACAAGACAUGGAGUUUAUCUGAACAAGAAACUGCUCAAGUUUGUUUGAAUUUUAUCAAGCUUGAAAUUAAUUGCAUUUCAGCUCAUUUUACUGUCUGAAAUGAGUCGGUUUGAACGAGCAUUGAUUGAAUUCUACAAAAGUCAAGCUGAAGUAGGUACCGGACCUGAUCUGAAGUAGCUUGAUGUUUUUGUAAGCUGGUCCUUUAACUAACCAAAUGAACUCAAACGAAUUGGAAUUCACACUUGCAUAACUGGAAAGAAGUUUUGAUGGUUGGUUGACUAUGCUUAACUUAUAGAGCCCAGAUGACUUUUCAGCGAUCAAUAUCAAACCCUAAACUUAGCUGGUCCGGUCUUCAACUUUUCAUAGAAGUACAGACUGAUCUUAUCAGUUAGUGUACACUUUUGUAGCGAUGCACAUAUUUCCUAUUAUACUGAUGUACUCUUUACUUUUUCCUUGGCACUUUUCGUGUCUUGCUUAUGUUUAACAUAGGCUGCUAACUUCCCAUCUUUGUAAUACAGAUUCCUGCAGAGCAACCAAAGUGCAUUUUUCCAGUCGAAUUACGAGGGAUUCGACUCUGCUGUUAAGAGAGAAGAUAACUGAGAUAUCUUCUUCCACCUCCUCUUCAUAUCUAUCUAUGCUUUAAGUCAAAAGUCCGUGUAAGGAAUUGGUAAUCGGCAUCUUAUGCUCAUCUUUCUGCAUUAUUCAACUCUAAGUUGCAGACCUUCCCAUUGUAUGUUACUGCAAAUGAAUCGGGGACCUUCUUGUACAGUUCUUUUUCCCAUUCAAUCAAUCUAUCAUCUUUUCUAUCUUA